AUGCUGGGAAUGUUGAUUGCUGCGAUAAUCUGUUGCGAUCGGGUUACUGUACUAGGAAGGGAUCGCGACAACCACCAUCUGUAUUGGGGUAAUGCUGCGAGACCGAGAGGGGAUGGGAAUGGAGAGAGGUGGUUGUUGUUGAUGAAUAUAGAAGAUUCCCAAGUGACGCAGCAGUACCUUGGAGAUGCAGAUGCAAGUACCAAGUACCUACUUACCCAUCUAAAGAGGCCCCCAAGCUACUACUGUACUAAGAAAGUCGGAAGAGUUGAGUUGGAGUGGAGAGGGUGCCACAUUCCUCUAGCCGCCAGUCGGAUACUUGCAUGGGCCAUGAUCAUGGUCCAGGGAUUGGAUGCUGCUUACAUUACCGGUGGAUCAUGGAUUCUGGGUAGUGCUGACGGGAGUGCCUUGUUGCAAGCCAUGGAACGUGGUGGUCAGGAUAUGUGGUUGCUUGGCGGGGUAGCGUGGGCUUGGCCGGGCGGGUAG